GCCACAAGCUUGCACCUGAUUGGCUGGUCUGGACGCGUCGCCGCGGACCGGAGAAGAGUUCUGGCGCCCGGCUUUUCUCGAAUAUGGCGGCGCUGUGUUUGUCUGGCCUUGCAGGAAGAGGCUGGCCGAGGAUGGUUUUAGGGGCGGCAAGUAGAAAGUUUUGUUCUCGAUCCAGAAAAGAGAAAGAACCAGUGGUGGCUGAGAUUGAAGAAAUGAAAAAAGAACCUGUUCUGGUUUGUCCACCUUUACGAAGCCGAACAUACAUGCCACCUGAAGAUCUCCAGAGUCGUUUGGAAUCUCAUAUUAAAGAAAUUUUUGGUUCAUCUCUUCCCAGUAAUUGGCAAGAUAUCUCCCUAGAAGAUUGUCGUAUGAAGUUCAGUCUCUUGGCACAUUUAGCUGAUGACUUGGGCCAUGCAGUACCUAACUCCAGGCUUCACCAGAUGUGCAGCGUCAGAGAUGUUCUUGAUUUCUAUAAGGUUCCUGUUCAAGACAGAUCUAAAUUUGAUGAACUUAAUGCUAGUAAUUUGCCUCCCAAUUUGAAAAUCACUUGGAGUUACUAGUCAAUUCAGAAGAUAAACACAAUGAAAUCAUUUUUGUUUUCCUGAUGAAGAGGCAGCUUAUUACAUCUUUUAAUACUUUACCGGUCAGAAUUCUUUAAAUCCACUUCGUGUACAGUAGUACCAAAAAACGCACAUUUCUCUCCUCGUAUCAACAAAGAAAUAAUAAGAUUUUCUCUUUUCACAUUUGCCGAAACCAUAUUUUGUUGGAAUCAAGUUAAUAACUUAUGGAAAUUUUUUUCUUCAGAGAACACUGAUUAAGUUGGUCUUAAGAUAGGAAGCCGUCACAAGUUCAGAUGUUAGUCUUCAUAGGCGUAAAGCAGUAAUUGCAGGAAAAUGUUCAAUCCUAUUGAACCUCUUUAAGAUGGAAUUAUCAUAUAUGCUACAGAUACAAAUAAACAAACGUAUUAAAUUAGAUAUUAAUAAAACAAGUCUGUUGUAUGUUGUUGGAAGUUAUGUGUUUUAAUGUUUACUACAUGAGUACAAAUAGGAAAUAUAUUCUGUUCUGGAUUAA